AUGGCGUAUCAUUAUACUUCGGCAGCGGAUGCAUACAGCACCAACCCUCCGGCUUCCGAUUCGCCAUUCGACUACCCCGUUCGCGCGUCGCUCGAGUCUCCCUCACUGCCCAUCGCCGGGUCGGGCACUUACGAUGCGCGGCCUGCCAACUCGAACGGCUACGCGCGUGCACCGGACGAUGACCACCACGAUGACGACGACGACGACGAGGACUGGAAUGUGUACGACGAUUUCAACAUGACGCGGCCCAUGCCUCAGCGCACCUCGACCUCCGGGCUCGCGUCGCAGUCCGAUGCCUACUGGGAUGCCAGCAAAGCCUCGCUGAUCGACACGCCUUACGCCGACGUACCCGGUAACCGCAAGUCGCUCCUACCCUCCGAAGCUUUUGGCUUUGACGUUCGGAACACCGAUCCGCGCCGCUCGAUGAUCGCCAGCACCGCACCCAACCGCAUGUCGACCUUCUCGGCCGGUGGCGCGCCGAAUGCGAUCAGCGGCGUCGGACCGCAACACGCCGAUUCGACCGGCAUCGAGCUCAUCACCGUCCCCGCACUCGGCAACGAAUACACCAAGGAGGAACUGCGCGACAUGACGCGCUCCUCCAAGCGCCGACGCAAACGCUCCGCCCGCACCAAACGUUGCUCCCUCUGGGUGUCGGGCCAAGACCAUCUCUGGGGCUGGCUCAGUCCCCGCGUAGCCGUAUUCCUCGCGUUUUUCCUCCUGGCCUCCCUCGGCGUAUUGCUGUACUUUGUCAUCCCCCGCGUGCCCACAUUUGCCAUCCUUACCACCAACCCCGUCGUGGCCAUUCCGAACGGUGCCAGCAUGCAGGUCAACCACAGCCCGACGAACUUCAGCAUGGACAUGGGCUUCAACCUUCGCGCGAACAACCGCGGCGGAUGGAUCGCAUCCCACGCGCGCGACAUCAAGAUGCAAGUCACCGAUCUCAACACCUACCGCACCGUCGGCAAGGGCGAGCUCGACAGUCUCUCCUUCAAAGGUCGCGGCAAUACCGUGUUUCAGAUGCCGGUGCAUUUCAGCUACGUCAGCAUCAAUGCUACUGGCGACCAGACCUGGCAGGACUUUUAUACGGCUUGUGGACCCAAUAUCCAGGGCCAGUCAAGGCCUACACUCAACCUGGCCAUCCAGCUCAGCAUGGACAUCACCGGCUUGAUCGGCAGGAAGGCGACCAAUACGCAGAUCAACAAUGUCGCCUGUCCCUUUACGCUCCAGUCGUACCAGUAG